UCCCCUCUGAGGCUCUGACGGUCAUCGCGCUCCACUCCGCCGGCCGAGCACCCGCCCCCGGGUCCAGGCCUCCUUCCACCGAGGAACGCCACCUCCAAGGGAUUCUCCUCUCAAUCCACGGUCGCCGCCGUCCUCCUCCUCAUCCGCAGCUUCUCCGCUCCACUGGACUGCCGAUCCGUCCGGACGGGGACUGGUGACGAACCCUAACUUGCUUGUGCUGCCCGGAUAGUUUCGAUCUCGUCUUUUCUUUUCUUUCUUUGCCGUGGUAUGUGAGAAGUUCAAUCCGUCGAGUUUCCUGCGGAUUCUGUCGCUGCUUGGUGAGCUGAUGAUAGCUGUGAGUUCCUUUUCCGGAAGAAAAAAAAGAAGAGGAAAUGUUGGGGUUCCAGUCCAGCCGAACCCCAUGGCACUCUUUGGGUGUGCGGUCGGAGGACGGCGCCGGUCGUGCUCGGUCAUAGCCGUAAACUGUAAAAGUUAAUUGUGGCUUGUUAGGAUUCUCGGAGGCGGCAACAUGCCCUACUUCCCAGAUGAAGUGGUGGAGCACAUCCUUGGCUUCGUAUCGUCGCACCGUGACCGCGACGCUGCAUCUCUCGUGUGCCACGCAUGGUACCGCAUCGAGGGCCUCACUCGCCGCUCCGUGUUCAUUUCCAACUGCUAUGCGGUGCGCCCGGAGUGUGUGCACGCCCGUUUCCCCUGCCUGCGCUCGCUGACCGUGAAGGGCAAGCCACGCUUUGCUGACUUCAACCUUGUCCCUGCGGGGUGGGGUGCCUCAGCGGAGCCAUGGGUGGAUGCGUGUGCCCGUGCAUGCCCUGGCCUUGAAGAGCUCCGCCUGAAGCGGAUGGUUGUCACUGAUGGUUGCCUCAAUCACCUUGCUCACUCAUUCCCUAAUUUGAGGUCACUAGUCCUUGUUAGCUGUGAGGGGUUCAGCACUGAUGGCCUUGCUACUAUUGCCACCAAUUGCAGGUUUCUCAAGGAGCUUGACUUACAAGGGAGUCAGGUGGAGUUUCGAGGCCGUCAUUGGUUGAGUUGUUUCCCCAAGCCUUCGACAUCAUUAGAAUCCUUGAAUUUUGCUUGCUUGGAUGGAGCAGUGAGUGCUAAUGCAUUGGAAAGUCUUGUUGCAAGGAGUCCAAAUCUUAAAAGCUUAAGGUUAAAUCGUGCAGUUCCACCAGCUGUUUUAGCCAAAAUUCUUACUUCCGCUCCUAAGCUGGUGGAUUUAGGUACAGGAUUGGUUGCUCAAAGCAAUAAUGCUGGUGCACUCCCCAGUCUCUACAGUGCUAUUCAGCAAUGCACUUCUCUGAAUAGUUUAUCAGGCUUUUGGGAUUCUUCACGUUGGAUUACUCCAAUAAUACAUUGUAUUUGCAAGAACCUAACAUGCUUGAACCUUAGCUAUGCUCCAAUGUUUCGGACAGUUGAUCUUAUUGGAACUAUUCACCAAUGUCAGAAUCUCCGACACUUGUGGGUACUAGAUCACAUUGGCGAUGCAGGAUUGAAGGUUGUAGCCUCUUCUUGCCUGGAGCUGCAAGAGUUGAGGAUAUUUCCUGCGAAUGCAAAUGUGUUAGCAAGCACUGGUGUGACAGAGGAAGGGCUGGUUGCAGUAUCUUCAGGCUGUCGGAAGCUAAACUCUGUGCUCUAUUCCUGCAGUCGAAUGACUAAUUCUGCUCUGAUUACGGUGGCAAAGAACUGCUCGCGAAUCACGUCCUUCAGACUGCAUAUCUGCCUGCAUGGGUCAGUAGAUGCCGUGACAGGCCAGCCACUGGACGAGGGCUUUGGGGCAAUUGUCCGGUCAUGCAAGGGCCUCAGGCGUCUAUCUAUGUCUGGCCUUCUCACGGACAGCGUGUUCCUGUACAUCGGCAUGUACGCCGAGAGGCUGGAGACGCUCUCUGUCUCGUUUGCAGGAGAUAGUGAUGAUGGCAUGAUCUAUGUGCUCAACGGCUGCAAGAAUCUCAGGAAGCUGGAGAUCAGGAACUGCCCAUUUGGCAACACGGCGCUUCUUGCAGGCACGCACAGGUACGAGGCGAUGCGCUCGCUUUGGAUGUCGUCGUGCGACAUCACCCUGGGUGGCUGCAGGUCCCUCGCGGCAGCCAUGCCAGGCCUCAACGUCGAGAUCAUCUGCCAGGCGGAUGGAGGCGCCAACGAUGCAAAGAAGGUGGACAAGCUGUAUGUCUACAGGACACUCGCCGGCCCGAGGGAUGACGCCCCUGGAUUCGUCUCGGCGCUGUAAAUUACUUGUACCGUCGUAGUUGGUGGGUUUUCCUAGACCCUGCUAUUUGUGUGAACUUAAUUCGGCGCUGUCGCACUUUUAUGCUACGUCUGCUACUCUGAAGCGGGCACCAGUUCUGUAAAUUUGGUUAGUCUUCUGAACUGCAAAUCUUAGCCCGGGCUGUGGCCAACACAGCAUAAUGCAUAUGGAUCUAGGCCUUAUUUCCAA